AUGGCCGAGCACAAUGACACGCCCGCCCCUGCUGGCUUCAAAAAAGUCACUGAGGGAAAGGCUACGAUUCUAUUCCCAGACACCAAUGAAGUCUUUUAUAACCCCAUCCAGGAAUUCAACCGUGAUAUCUCCAUUGCGGCCAUUCGCACCUGGGAUGAGAUCUUUCAGGAGGAACGAAGUGCCAGGCUUACGGAGAAGAAGGCCCGCAGAGAGGCCAAUGCUGCCAAAAGAGCUCAGGAGGGUCUGGAGCCAUUGCCUGAGAAGGAAUACCCUGAAGGAGUCGAUCCAACAGCACCACGCGGAAUUACCAUUCUCGAAGCACUUUCGGCCUCUGGACUGAGAUCGAUUCGAUAUGCAAAGGAAAUCCCCAAUGUCAAACACAUUUUAACCAACGACCUCGAAGCCGAUGCUGUGGCCUCGAUCAAGCGCAACGCAGAUUUUAACGGAAUCAGCUCCGAUCUGCUGCAACCCCACAAGGGAGACGCCAUCGACGUUCUUUACCAGCACCGGGACCCAUUGAAGCGCUACGAUGUCAUUGAUCUGGAUCCCUAUGGAACGGCAUCUCCCUUUAUCGAUGGAGCAGUCCAGGCGGUGUCAGACGGAGGAUUGCUUUGUGUUACAUGCACGGAUCUCGGCGUUCUCGCUGGGAGUAACUACACGGAGACAUGCUUUGCGAAGUAUGGAGGACACCCAGUCAAAGCGGACUUCUGCCACGAGGUUGCACUUCGCCUUGUUCUCAGCACUCUUUCUACAUCGGCAGCACGUUACAAACGACACAUUGUUCCCAUGGUGUCUCUGAGCAUCGACUAUUACCUUCGAGUUUUCGUCCGCGUCUAUUCUUCUGCAGCAGAGGUCAAGAUGGUUGCCAGCAAAACAUGUUUAGCAUAUGUCUGUUCAGGGUGUCAGUCGACUUACACGCAAUCACUUGGAAAGAUCUCAGAGUCGGCCAAAGGCAACAAAAAAUUUGGCGUCAACACCGGACCACCAGUGGAUCAGCACUGUGAACACUGCGGGAGCAAGUUUCAUGUCGCAGGUCCAAUGUGGGGCAAGGAACUUCAUUCUGUGGCUUUUAUUGAACGCAUGCUGAAGCAUGUCAAGGAUGCCUCAGCAUUGUACAAGACCCAGCCUCGUAUUUUGGGAAUGCUCUCGGUUUGCAAGGAGGAGAUCGAGGCACCAUUCUAUUACACUGCCAACGGCUUAUCAGGGACAGUUCACUGCACCAGCAUUCCACUUCUCAAAGUCAUUUCUGCCCUUCUUCAUCAGGGAUAUGAAGUUUCGGGAUCGCAUGCUUGUCAGGGAUCUAUCAAGACAAAUGCACUGCCUUCUGCUCUCUGGGAUAUCAUGAGAUCGUGGGUAAAGUUGAACCCGGUCAAGAACGUCAAACCCCAGUCGCCUGCAGGCAGGAUCUUGGCGGUAGAGCCAAAGACGAUUGCCGAUUUUGAGAUGCAUCCAGGCGCUAAGUCCGAGUCGCGGAAAAAUAACCUUGUACGCUAUCAGAUGAACCCUACCAAGAACUGGGGUCCACAGGCCAGAGCCGGCGGUGGCAACAAGCGCAAAGCGUAA